GUGAUACGUCAUUCAUUACGUUUUAGUAAAACUCGCAAAACUCACAGAAACUAUAAAUCUCAAGGGCUUAUUAAUAUUUCGUGAACCAAAAGGAAGUUAAAAGAAAAAACAAAAUAUUCUCGAACUACUUUAGUAACCAAAAAGUGAUCCGAAGUUUUAAGAGUUCUGAGACACACUUAGAACUCAAGAUUUUUCAUUACCUACGGUGUGAAUUCCUAGUUUAUCACUAUGGUUAGAGUAUACGCUUUAGCAGUCCUCUAUAAAGGAGUAAACAGCGCUACGGUACUAAAAGCAGCAUAUAACUUGCAAAGCUUCAGUUUCUUCCAGAAGGGAUCUGUGCAAGAAUUUAUGACAUUUGUGAGCAAAACUAUUGUUGAAAGGACGCAGCCCGCUUCCAGGCAGUCUGUGAAAGAGGGGGAAUACAUGCUUCAGGUAUAUGUAAGAGCAGAUAAUUUGGCAGGUGUGCUUAUUUCAGAUCAUGAAUAUCCUAACAGAGUUGCCCAUACUUUGAUAACGAAAACCUUAGAUGAAUUCUCUGCCAAGGUUCCGGCAGCCAGUUGGGCAACAGCUGAUGAAACUACUGUAGAUUUUCCUGUUUUACCUGAAUAUCUGACCAGAUUCCAAAAUCCUCGUGAAGCAGAUGCCUUGACAAAGAUACAAGAUGACUUAGAUGAGACUAAAAUUAUAUUACAUAACACUAUUAAGGCAGUAUUAGAUAGGGGUGAACAAUUAGAUGAUUUAGUGGCCAAGACGGACAGUCUCUCCACACAUAGUAAGGCAUUUUAUAAAACAGCUCGUAAAACCAACAGUUGUUGUAAUUUCUGAGGGAUCCUUAAAUUAGCUGACUGGGCUGUAUAUAAAAAUAUUGUGAGUAUGACACAUAAAGCAAGUUACAUUAAUUAUUAUGAUUGAAUUGCUUUACAAACCUUAGUUUGAAUGUUGUUUGUACAUUAUAAAACUAAAGUUUAAUUAUUGCUCACAAGACCUACAUAUUAUGUACAUUUGAGCCUUAAUGAAAUCUUAAUAAAUCUAUAAUGGACUAUACAUAUUGAAAGGAGGUUGGUGAAUUUGGACCCAGCAUUUUUAAAAACCGUUCAGAUUCAGAAAUCAUUUAAUUUUAAUAAUAUUUUUCAGAGUAUUUUUCUGUGUAAGCCUGAUACUUUUAGAAGAUGGGGAU